GGAGCCACUAGAUUCAGGCAGAUGAAGGUCCGUGGCUCACCCCGUCCUCUGGACUAUAAAGCAGAGCGGGUUUCUUGGGGGCGCACUUAUUAUUCUGCCAAGCAGCCGCCGGGUCACCUUUCUCCGUUGCACUUCGGAGAACUUUGGAGCAGGCGCAAAGCGGGAAAGGGCGCUCUCGCUUCCCUCGACGGCAUCCCCGCCGCCUCCUGCCGCUCUGCUAGGGUUCUACGGCUGCCCGUCGGCGGGGGAAGAAGCUGGAAACUAUGAAGUUCCUGUUGCUUUUGGCCGCACUCUUCCUUGCAUCCGCGCAAGCCAUGGGGGAAGAUCUGGAAGACCAAAAUGAGCUGAGCUACUGGGCGGAUUGGUCCGACGGCGGCGAGCAGAACCAGGAAAAGUUGCCUUUACCCUUUGAACACUUUCUUCAGAGAAUUGCCAGGAGACCCAGACCUCAGCAGUUCUAUGGCUUAAUGGGCAAGCGAGAUGCUGGAUAUAGCCCUCUCUCCCACAAAAGACAUAAAACAGACUCAUUUGUUGGACUCAUGGGCAAAAGAUCUUUAAAUUCUGGAUCUUCUGAAUGGAGUGCACCACAAAUGUUUGAAAGGAGACGCAAAUGAGACAGUUCUUCCAUUGUCUGUUGAAAUGUUUAAGUAGCCAGCUUAGUGUAAUAUAAAAUAGCCAUUGUAAGGAAUAAUUAUUUAUUUAUGACUUUUUUUUAAGACGAAAAUUUCAAUUACAAUGAUUUCUCCUAUUGUAGCAGUGAUAUAUACAUUAUACAGACAUAGCAAGCUCUACAGUAACAUUUCUGUAUGGAAUAUAGAAAUCAGUGAUGUUUCACAAUAAAGCACAUUAUACAUUCUGUGAAAAAAUGUUCACCAAUUAUAAAAAAGUGGUAAAGAAUAAGGAAAAAAGAAUCCUUUGUUAAUUUAGUAUUUGCUUUAUCACCAAGUUGAUUUGUGAUCAUAGCAACAGAAAAGAAAAGAACCUGUAAUUUCUGUAGUCAAAAUAUGUUUGUAUCAUUGCAGCAUGUUUUUGUUUAUUUUGCCUACAUAUAUAUAUUUUAAAAAAAAUGAAAAGUGAAUUUAAAAGUC